UCAGCACAUUCGGGACGAAAGGGGCUCGUUUCAACCGUGGUAAGAUAACGCACGCAGAUGCACUGUCCACAGACCACCGGCUAUAGCUUUAAUACGCCCUUAUUUACGUACAACUAACUUUUAUAUUUUCUUCCACAUGGAUGGAUGACUCAAUAUCACUUUGUCGCCUCCUCUGAAUGAUUGACAUCUCACCAGAUCGGUUCCUCAACAGUCAAAGUCUGGUUAUGAGGUAAGGGGGAAAUCCCGUGCGUCAAGAUAGCAGCCCCCGAAGACCCCCCCUUUUUUAACCAGAUGAUUAUUCAUGCGUAAUGGUUCUCUCCCCUCCCCUAUUCCGCGCAUCCGAAUCGGCAGUUCUGCACCUUAUCGAUACGGAAAGCCAACUCUUACACGGCCAUAUGUCAGCCCUUAUUUAAACACGAGCACUCACAACAAGUUUCCAUUCAUCUGACAGUGAUAACACUCAACAUACCAUCCGCUGAUAAUUGAAGCUGUUGGAAUCACUGAACACUAACAGUAAUAGUUAUUCUUAACUGUUGGUUUUUUAAAACAUUUUUUGUAUUAUUUUUUUACUUCAUCAAACAUGGACACCAAAGUAAAGAGGAGUACGAUGACUGAGUUCUGGAAGGAGCACAGCCGCCAGGCCACGGUUGAGGAGAUGAUGUUGGACUCUCAUGCCCAGGAGCUGACCCAGCACGAGCUGCCUGAGAUCCUCUCCCUGCUGCCCAGCCUGCCCGGCCAAAGGCUCCUGGAGCUGGGCGCUGGCAUCGGGAGAUACACCAGCCACCUGUUGACCCAGGCCAGUCACGUGACAGCGGUGGACUUCAUGGAGAGCUUUGUGGAGAAGAACAGACAGGACAACAGUCACCAUGGCAACGCCUCCUUCCUCCAGGCAGACGUCACCAAGCUGGACUUCCCCAAAAACAGUUUCGACAUCAUCUUCUCCAACUGGCUGCUGAUGUAUCUGAGUGACGAGGAGCUGAGGUCACUAACAGAGAGGAUGCUGGGAUGGCUCCGCCCCGGAGGACACCUGUUCUUUAGGGAGUCCUGCCACCACCAAUCAGGUGACCGUAAGAGGACCUUUAACCCCACACACUACAGAUCGUCGGCCCACUACAGUCAGUUGAUGACAACAACACUGUGGGAGGAGUCAGAGGGGGCGGAGAAGCAGGUGUUUGGCUUUGACAUCGUGCUCAAUAAAACCGUGCAGACAUACAUCAAGAUGAAGAACAACAAGAACCAGGUGUGUUGGCUACUGGAGAAGGUGGGUCGGGACACAUCCUGUCAGGAGGGCUUCAGAACCUUCCAGCAGUUCCUGGACAACCAGCAGUACACACGCAACGGCAUCCUGCGAUACGAGAAGAUGUUUGGGGCAGGAUACGUCAGCACUGGGGGACCCAGCACAACCAAGGAGUUUGUGGACAUGCUGAACUUGAAGCCUGGGAUGAAGGUGCUGGAUGUGGGGUGUGGCAUCGGUGGUGGAAACUUCUACAUGGCAAAGACCUUCGGCGUGAAGGUGCUCGGCCUGGACCUGUCAGCGAACAUGGUGGAUAUCGCCAUAGAGAGGGCCAUGGAGGAGAAUCUUCCAUCGGUCCAUUUCGAGGUGGCUGACGCCACUAAGAGAGAGUUCCCAGAAGGGUCGUUUGAUGUGGUGUACAGUCGUGACACUAUCCUGCACAUCGACGACAAACUGGCACUGUUCAAACGCUUCCACUCGUGGCUGAAGCCCGGUGGCCAGGUCCUGGUCACUGACUACUGCUGUGGGGAGAGGCCCUGGACUCCUCAGUUCCAGGAGUAUGUCAAACAGAGAGGUUACGUUCUCUACACCCCAACACAGUACGGCAAGUUCUUACAGCAGGCAGGUUUCUCUAACGUACGUGGCGAGGACAGGACAGCUCAGUUCAUGCAGGUGAUCCAGACAGAGCUGGAGAGAGCAGCGGCCAUGAAAGACGAGUUCAUUAAGGAGUUCUCAGAGGAAGACUACCUGGCCAUAGUCAACGGCUGGAGCGACAAACUAAAACGCUCCAACACUGGGGACCAACGCUGGGGCCUGUUCCAUGCAACAAGGAACUGAGAGAGAUGGAGAGAGAGAGAGGAGAAAAAGAGAGGAGAAAUUAUCCCCUUCAGGAGGGAGGGUUCAGUGUCUGGACCCAGCUCCACUGCUAACAGAUCAACUAGAUGAGAUUACCAGACACCGGAGAUUACCAGACACCGGAGAUUACCAGACACCGGAGAUUACCAGACACCGGAGAUUACCAGACACCGGAGAUUACCAGACACCGGAGAUUACCAGACACCAGUACACACACAUCUGAGAUGACAUACCUUUGGGCACUUACAGAUUGUGAAGUAUUUGAAAAUUGGUUGUUAUCCAGGGACCAGUCUAACUUUUGUUUUUAUCCUUUGGUAUCUUUGGUUUGAGAGGUGAAACUGAUUCCUGAAUUAUUUCCCCAAAGUUUUUUUUUUUUUUUUUUUUACCAAACUGAAUUUGAUUCGAAAUGUUAACUUUGUGUAAAUUUAACAAUAUUAUUGUCUUGUUAUCAAAGGUGAAUAUGCAUCAUCUCCCAGUCUUUACUAUCAACAUACCAUAGUUUGAUAAGAUUUACAAAUAAAUGUUGAAAACACUC